GUCAGUGUCAUGGGUUGACUGACAUAUUAUUUUGUGGUUAGUUUUUUAUAUUUUUAAAACUUGUGUUGUCUUCAUUUUAUUUAGUUGAAGUGCUAAAAAUCGUUGAAAAAACUGUUUAUCUUGAAUCCAGAUUGACUCAACCGUAAGGGAGUCCGAACCCAUCGUCCAAGAUGCCACGAAUAAUGAUAAAGGGUGGUGUCUGGCGUAACACCGAAGAUGAAAUCCUCAAGGCCGCCGUAAUGAAAUAUGGCAAAAACCAAUGGUCUCGUAUCGCUUCACUAUUACAUCGUAAAUCAGCAAAACAGUGCAAAGCCCGUUGGUUCGAAUGGCUCGACCCUAGCAUCAAAAAAACCGAAUGGUCCAGAGAGGAGGAUGAAAAACUCUUACAUCUAGCCAAACUGAUGCCCACCCAAUGGAGAACGAUCGCUCCAAUCAUUGGUAGAACUGCUGCUCAAUGUUUGGAACGAUACGAAUAUCUACUGGAUCAAGCACAAAAAAAAGAAGACGGUGACGACGGAGACGAUCCAAGAAAACUUAAACCCGGAGAGAUCGAUCCGAAUCCAGAAACGAAACCGGCGAGACCAGACCCGAAGGAUAUGGACGAAGACGAGCUGGAGAUGCUGUCAGAAGCCCGUGCCAGAUUAGCAAACACUCAAGGCAAGAAAGCCAAACGGAAAGCGAGAGAGAAGCAACUUGAGGAGGCGAGACGGCUCGCUGCAUUGCAAAAAAGACGCGAACUACGUGCGGCCGGCAUUGAAGUAGCACCACGCAGAAGAAAGAAGCGCGGAGUGGACUAUAACGCGGAGAUACCGUUCGAAAAACGACCGGCAAUCGGUUUCUACGAUACGUCCAAUGAAGCCUUGGACCCUAUGGCCCCGGACUUUGGACGAAUGACCCAGCAAAGACUGGACGGAGAACUGCGCAGCGAGCAAGAAGAAAAAGAGAGACGCAAAGAUAAAGAGAAGCUGAAGCAACGGAAAGAGAACGAUAUACCGGAGGCCAUGUUGAAGAACCAAGAACCGGCAAGGAAAAGGUCCAAGCUGGUGCUGCCAUCCCCUCAGAUAUCCGAUCAAGAGCUGCAUCAAGUAGUGAAACUUGGCAAAGCGAGCGAAAUCGCUAGAGAGGUCGCUGCGGAGAGCGGUGUAGACUCAACUGACAGUUUAUUGAAUGAUUACACUGUUACACCGCAAGCGGUGGCCACCCCAAGAACCCCCGCGGUACAAACCGACCGAAUCCUUCAAGAGGCUCAAAAUGUCAUGGCUCUAACGCACGUGGAUACUCCUCUGAAAGGAGGCUUAAACACACCACUGCAUAACUCAGAUUUCAGCGGAGUCACUCCGCAGCAACAGCUCGUGGCUACCCCCAACACUGUCCUCGCUACUCCUUACAAAACCCCGGGAAGAGCAGGAGGUGCUACCCCGGGAAGCACCCCCGGAUUUAGCACUCCUAGCAGUAUAGUGGCUGCCGGUGGUUCCGGUUACAUGACCCCUUCGGUGAGGGAUAAAUUGAACAUCAAUCCCGAGGACGGUCUGGUGGUAGAGGACAAGGCGCAAUUCAUGUUUCAAAAGCAACAACUGAAAAUGGGCCUGAGCAGUUUGCCGCAACCUAGGAACGAUUAUGAAAUAGUGGUUCCGGAUCACGAGGACCAAACAAUACCGGAACAAGCGCAAGAACGAGUUGUAGAAGACCAGUCCGAUGUGGACAAGAGAUAUCAAGAAGAAAUGAAGGCGAAAGCUUUAAAAGAGCUGCAGUCAAGAUCGCAAGUUAUCCAGAGGGACUUUCCGAGGCCCCAGGAUGUUAAUUUGUUAGUCCUUAGGCCCCAAAACGAGAGUUAUUCGUUGACCGAACUGCAAAAAGCCGAGGAGUUGAUCAAAACCGAGAUGGUCACUAUGCUGCAAUAUGACAAUUUAAAAAACCCACUGCCUGUGCAGGUCAAACAAUCAAAUAAAUCCCAAGCUCAGCAACUAGCGUUCCUCGAGGAAAACCCUUAUGAGAACUUCAAGAGCGAGGAAAUGGAACGAGCCAAGCAAAUGUUGAAAAAAGAGAUGGAGGUGGUCAAGAAAGGAAUGAACCACGGAGAUCUAUCGAUGGAGGCUUACACUCAAGUAUGGGAAGAAUGCCUUAGCCAAGUUCUGUUCUUGCCCAAUCAAAACAGAUACACCAGAGCGAACUUGGCGAGCAAAAAGGACCGAUUAGAGUCUGCCGAGAAGAGAUUGGAGCAAAACAGAGCCCACAUGGCCAAAGAAGCAAAAACCGCCGCAAAAACAGAAAAAAAAUUACGAAUCUUAACCGGCGGAUACCAGUCCAAGGUGCAAUCCCUCAUGAAACUUCUACACGACGCCUUCGAGAAUAUUGAUCAAGUUAAUCUGGAACUGAACACCUUCAAGUUCCUACAGGAGCAAGAACAAAUGGCACUGCCUAGGAGAGUUCAGUCUUUGACGGAAGACGUGGACAGGCAAGUGAAAAGGGAGCAAAUGUUGCAAAAGCGAUACGGAGAACUGCAAAACGAAAUCAGGGAGUUACAGGAACGGUAUGGGAUGGUACAGCAGAGGCAUCAAGUGCAGGAACAAGAAGAAGAAGAAGAGAUGCAACAGCCAAUGGAAGAUCAGGAAGUUGCCACGUCAGUGGUCGUUAACGGGGAUGUCGAGCACGUGGCACAAGAGACUACUAAUUAAAUUAUUGAAUUAUAGGUUUAAGAAUUAGGAUUUAGAGGUAACUAAGAGUUGAAUUACGUGAUCAGACAUUGGAUUUGUUAUUUUCAAGAAAUAGGCCUUAAGAGGUCGUUAGAAGCAUGUUGAUUAUUACACGUAUAGAGUUAAAUAAAUAAAAUGUAUUGAAAGUG